AUGAGACAGACCUCCGGGCUCAAACUGUUUCCGGGCAUAUUCGAUCCGAAUCCGUACAUUCCGCGAACACAUCCGGCGGUGCUUAGAGUGACAUCAAGUGCCUAUCAGGGCCCGUACGUUUACGAUUGGAUGGGUGGCACGGAGGACGGCGAAGUCGGAUACGUGAAGUCAACUAGUGAUGAAGGCAGGGGCGGUUUCCAUCAUACGGAAAGUUCACACAAGAAGGAUGGUAAUGAUUACGAACACGAGAAACAAUCCGGGUAUGGAGAGGAGUCCGACGAUGAGCUGGAUUACAACGAUAAACCGAUACCGCCGACGGUUCGCAAACAUGAUUCCGGUGGCCGAACAUAUGAUGUGAACGAAGAACAAAGUAACGACGAAAAGGAUCCUAAUAAGCAGACAACCUACGGUGUCGCUCCAACAAAGGCUAAAAAGAAGCCAAUGAUGCUUGAGUUUGGAACGAGGCUCGAGUCGCCAGGGAAAACAACUCACAAGAAAAAUCACAACGGCUACGAAACAGUGAUCUACCACGAAGAUGAUCACAAAAGUACCGAAAAAGGCUACGACUGGCGAAACAGUCAUUCUCCACCGCCCAAAUCGGUGGUCAUUCAGCCAAAGGAGGAAAAAUCCAUCAACGAGAUAGACGAAAGCAAGAAUGAGGGUGAGGAGGAUAUGGAGGAAGAGCAGGAAGAUCGUGAUUUGUCGGAUGACGAUGACAGUGUGCGAGAAUCGGAGCGAUCAGAUUACGAGGAUAACUACGACAGUUUUAGGUAUGGUAAUGCGUUCUCCAAAAAUGAUGAUGACAAGGAUCAUAACGAAGAGCGCAGUGAUGAGCGGAACGAGAAGAAGGGAGGAUCUGGUGGCAACAGCUACGACUAUGACGAGGAGGUGGAUCGAGAGGAAAUUGAUGAAGCGGCCAAUGAUGAUCGAUAUUUUGGAUUUGAUAAUGACGACUACGACGAAAAAGAUAAGCGCCAGUACGAAUACGCGAGCGAAGCAGACUAUGAUGCUCAGUGAGAGAGGAAAAAAACUGAAAUAAAAAAUACGGAAACUAAGUGUUGUGUUUAAAAAUUAGUAACCUUUGAGAUAAAUUAUAUUAAUAUAUCUAUUUCACAAUGGACUGAGGAGACAUAAUGUUGGAGAAGUAAUGUUGUGGAUUAUCCACACUCCAUUCCCGACUAUACCUUCGAGAAUCGAAUCAAAUCAGAUGUUCGCUUUUUAGUACUACAGUGUAGUCAAGAUAGAAUUCGGAAUUAAGGAUACAGUUAUAUCAUGUUGGACGCAAAGCGAUUUUGAAAAUAAACUUUUGUUGACUUUUUACAAAAAGUAUUGCACAACGAUUGCAGUUUUUGAUAAAGCCGAAAUAAGUUU